AUGGAGUACCUAGUAGAUCAUCUUGUUGUUGACUCGAAUGCUUUGAUCAAGAAUGUUAUGACAGUGGUAAGAUUUUAUCAAGAAACUAUUUUUUGUUUCAGAAAUCCGGAGAGAAUGUAUAUACCAUUGACGAGGUCGUGAAAGAGCUCAGGGACAAGGAGACAAAAGAACGACUUCGAAAUGCUCUUUUUGAUUUGAAUUUGACUAAAGUUACACCGGAAUCUGUGAAGAAAGGUAAGGUAACAUGGCUUUAAAUUUAUGCUUCUAGUUGUCGAGGUUUCCAAAAAGACUGGAGAUUAUCCUGUGCUUUCGUUGACUGACAUUAAUGUUCUCGCAUUGACGUUGGACCUUCAUAUAAAACACCUUGGAGAAAGCUCGGCCAAUUAUAAUGUGCAAGAUGUGAAAGUAUUAAUUGAACAAAAAAUGGAUGAAGUUACGGUUGAUGAUACUAAAAUACCUGGAUUUGUAUGCCCAGAUAGCGACGAGGAAGAAGAGGAUUCUGAAGGCGAAUGGCUGGAUGAUACCACGUUAAAUGGAGCGUUUGAAGAUGGCAGUGGAAAGAUGAAGGUAGCAUGCAUGACUUCUGACUUCGCUAUGCAAAACGUGUUGUUGCACAUGAACCUAGGCCUGCUGGCUGUUGAUGGACAAAAGAUAACACAACUCAAGACAUACAUUUUGCGAUGCAGGUAAUUCGUUUUACAAAAUUUUUCAAUUUAGUGAUAAGGUUAGCUCAUUAAACCUAUCUUUAUAGAUCAUGUUACAUGUUGAUUCGAAAGAUGGAUAAACAAUUUUGUCCCAAAUGUGGCAACAAGAACCUACACCGAGUUUGUGUUAGUAUUGACAAAGAGGGAAAGACUAAAGUGCAUUUGAAUGAGCAGAAGUUGUUGGUAACAAGAGGCAUGAACCGUGUCAGUAGGAACAUUAAGGGUGGAAAACAUGAUAAUUGUGAAGUCUUUUUCGAAGAUCAACGAAUUCCCCAGAACAGACUUGCCAAGAUCCAUCAGGUUUAUAUAUUGAUAUUUAUAAAAUUAUAUACGUUUAUUUAAUUACUGCUUCAUUACGUCAGUUACAUUAUUGUAAAGUAAUGUAAUUUUGUUUACGCAGUACUGGGAAUAUUAAUACUCUGUUUUGCAGAACGAAGUGUCAGAUUCUCCCUUCGCUACAAAUGAUGUCACUUCGAGGUCAGCUAUACUCGGAAUCAGAUCCCAGUUCCAUUCAAAAGGGGAUUCACAAGGUUACACGAAUCCUAAGGGCCGAAAGAAGGGCCGACGGGUUUAA